UGGAACUUUACUGCGACCCUGAGGUGUUGUUGUGUCAUGGACUCAAGUGUCAGCCGCACCCCCAGCUCAGUGGCGCCCCCCAGAGAAUAUAAACUGGUCAUGCUGGGAGCUGGGGGGGUUGGCAAAAGCGCCAUGACCAUGCAGUUCAUUAGUCACCGAUUUCCAGAAGAUCAUGACCCGACUAUCGAGGACGCCUAUAAAAUGCGCAUUCGGAUUGAUGAUGAGCCAGCCAACCUGGACAUCCUAGACACAGCGGGGCAGGCCGAGUUCACAGCAAUGCGGGAUCAGUACAUGCGUGCUGGAGAAGGCUUCAUCAUCUGUUAUUCCAUCACUGACCGACGCAGCUUCCAUGAAGCACGGGACUUCAAAGAGCUCAUCUACCGGGUUCGGCGAACGGAUGACACACCAGUGGUGCUGGUCGGAAAUAAGUCUGACCUUACUCGUCUGAGGCAGGUCUCCAAGGAGGAGGGCAACUCACUUGCUCGGGAAUUUAACUGUCCGUUCUUUGAAACCUCGGCUGCUUUUCGCUAUUACAUUGAUGACGUGUUCCACGCGCUAGUGCGAGAGAUCCGCAGGAAGGAGAAGGAGGCGGCCCUGGCAAAUGAGCGCAAGCUGAAACCAAGGGCUACUAUCUGGAAGAGGCUUAAAUCGCCAUUUAGAAGGAAGAAAGAUUCGGUGACGUGAAAUGUUCCAGAUGCCGUGUUUGCCCCCUCGCCCACAGUGCCUCUUGGUGACCCCGGUCUGAGCCCUGGUGUGCCAGCCUUGCUGAAUGUAAAUAGGAGUGUGUGUGUGUGCGCGACUGCACUGGAACCUACCCCCUCUUUGUGUCUGAUACUAACCUGCUGUAUGUGCCAGCCAAUAACCGUGCCUCUCAUGCCUCGUAGGGAAUUGCCCCAUAACAGCCUCUUGUGGCACAUGCCAUCCCAAUAGUCCCAGAGCUGCACUCGUAUGUAUCAUGCCCACUAUUGCACUAUUUGUGAGGGGCUCACAUGAAGCUUUGCACACAUAUGCCUAUUCCCACAGUGCCUUCUGAGUCAUCUCAUUGGCAGAAGUUUGGGGAGGUUGAUGGAGAAGAACAUAAACCUGUUUUUGGUUGAUGGUCACAAUCCCCUCAAAAAUAGUGGGACAGGCUUGAUGCCAACUGUGCCACACACUGCCAGUGUCGUAUGGCAGCAACAAGACACUACGUAUUAAUCCAGUGGAAGACAAAGAAGCCCCCACUGGCCAGUGCAACCUUAAAGGGGAUUCGCUUGCCCCUCUCUUGGUAAGGAAUCCCAUAACCUGACUGUCCUUACAGUAAAGAACCCCUUCCUAUGCUGAUGGUGAGAUCUCCUUUCCUCCCCACCAAUGAAUCACUCCUUCCCCUCUCUUGGUAGGGAAUCCCAUAACCUGACUGUCCUUACAGUAAAGAACCCCUUCCUAUGCUGAUGGUGAGAUCUCCUUUCCUCCCCACCAAUGAAUCACUCAUUCCCCCUCUCUUGGUAGGGAAUCCCAUAACCUGACUGCCCUUACAAUACAGACGCCGUUGCUUUGCUCAUGAUAAAAUCUGUUAGUGGACGGGGACCCUGUGCUGUAGAAGAAGUUGACUGGAUUAGCGUGGGCAGGGACAGCCAUUGGAGAGGCCCUUUAAUGUUGUGUAACAUGAUGUGUGGGAUCCACAUUCCUGAUUGAACUGUGAGAAUGACAGAUCUCUUGCCAAAAGAGUGGUUGCUGGGAAAUAGCCAUGUCUGACCAUGUCUCUGUGAUUUCUCUUUGUACCUUUUCACCAAUGAAUUUGCACAGAAAAUGAUUUGUUGUAUGUGACCAUAUACUGUAUCUUUCACAAAAA